AAAAUGUAGGUGGAGGAUCCCCCAUGCCCCAUAAAUGCCCCGCCAUUUCUCUCCUCCCAUCCGUCCCCAGUCGAUCCUCCAUUGCGAUAAAGCUCGGAGAUCGAUCGGAGAAGGGCGAAAGCGAGCGAGAUGGAGGCGUACAAGGGGGGAUUGAAGGGGUACUGGAAGCGGAGGGCGUACCAUAGGCUGGACGGCACCGGCGGAGGAUCGAGGCGGCGGAGCCGGGCGGAGCUCGGCGGCGGGAGGAAGCGGCGGUUCUGGCGGAUCCGUAUCGCUCGUCCGAGGCUGAGGUUCCUUGCGCGGGCGCCGUCACCAAAGCGGUUCCUCGCGAGGAUCCGCGACGCCUACGUGCGGAUGAUGCUGUCGUUUGCCUCCACGGGGGCGGUCGCCGCCGGGUACGCCGACUACGGUGGCGACGCGGUGGCCAGGUUCCGGCAGCCGCAGCUCAAGGAGUACGACGAGAAGAUGAUCGUCGAGAUAUACAAGUCGCUGGUUGCGCAGGGAUCGCUUAUCGCCACCGCCGCCGAGGGGACGCCGAGCGGACGGGCCAGAUCGCAGUUCGGCGGUAGGUAGAGGCUCGUCCAUCAGAUUUCCUUUCCUUUAACAAGAAUAAUCUUCUCUUUUCUCAAUGUCUUUGUCGGAUUAACAAAAUUGUAUCUAAAUAAAAGUAAUCGCCUUAGCUUCGUUUUCA